ACCGUUCAGCGCAUAAAUAAAUAAAGUCGACUUGACUCUGCUCGCAUUUAUUGGUGAUAUUUUUUUGUGCUGCGACUGCGCUUUUCGAAACUUCGUAUUGCCGUGCGAUGUGAUGUAAAAUAUGAAGUGAUAACACCCCAAACGUGAAACGAUCGAAAAUCCCUGAAAAUCGAAUGAAAUACGGGAAAACUUCAGAAAUCGCAUAGCCAACUCCAACAACAAUUCGGAAUCGGAAUCGGAGGCGCAUUGUGUGAGCAAGAUCGACGAAGGAGUGCGAGAGGGAGGGCGACAGAGAUAAGGAGACGAAGGAGAGUGGGAAGAAGGAGAGGAGAGGAGGAGGAGUGGUGCACAGAAUGGAUGUUGAAAUACCUGUUUUGGCUGGAUUUCUUAAUGUGCCGACCCAAACUGGAUUUUCGCUAAAUCGCAUCUCGAAAAAGAAAGCAUGCAGUCGCCACUGCUUGCUAUUCAAGGCGAGUCGCCAUGGAAUCGCCCGACUGGAGAUGUGCGAGAGCAAGGAGGACCGCUUCCCCAAGAUCUUCACGCUCGAGAACUGUGUGAAAAUCACACAGGAGCCUCCGCCCGACCGCCUUAUCCACAUUGUCAAACGGCAUGAGACGCUCACACUGAGCACGAGCAGCGAUGAUGAGCUCAAGGAUUGGAUCACCGCCCUCCAGACAGUCGCCUUUUGCGACACCGUGAUUGAGGCCAUCGAGGAGGACAACGACCUCUACUGCAGCUCCUUUCAGGAUGGCAUGUUCACAAUCACACUGAUCCCCUCCGAGGCCUCCAUUCGCUGCUGCAUCGAACCCAAGACCUACAAGCUCCAGAUGACGCCCUCGGAGCUGCAGCUAAAGUCGGAGGACUCGGCUGCCAUAAUCGCCAUGUGGCCGUAUCGCUUCAUCAGGAAGUACGGCUAUCGCGACGGGAAGUUCACCUUCGAGGCGGGCAGAAAGUGCACGACGGGCGAGGGCGUGUUCACCCUGGACCACAGCAAUCCGCAGGAGGUCUUCCGCUGCAUGUCCGGCAAAAUGAAGUCGAUGAAGAAGAAAAUCAUUAGCGGCGAUAGUCUGAGCACCUUGGAGUGCGGCGAGAAUCAAUUUAGCGCGGCUGCCGGCAUGGAGCCGGGCUCGCGGAGUCCCCUGCCGCCUUCCCCGUCGAGCAAUCCCCACGGCGGGGAGUUCGAGAUCAACUCGCUGCAGAGUUGCAUUUCCCUGCGGGGCUUCAUUAGCUCCAACGAUUCCCUCAACAACUUUUCGUCGUGUGCUGGCGGUGGUGGUGCUGGUGGUGGUGGUUCAAGUGGAGCAGCCGCGGCAGCAGCAGCAGCAGCCGUAGCAGCUGCGGUGGCGGCAACAGGAAAUCCCAGCGGAAUCACACUGACCGUGCCCGCAAAUAGCAACAGCAACAGCAGCAAGCACAUACCCAACAAACCGCCACGCAAACUGGGCGGAGUCAGCCCAACAACAACCAACCAUUGUGAUAAAUACAGGAACAUUGUGAAAUAUGAGCCUGUGGCCAUAACGACGAUAUCCUCGCCAUCGGCCACCUCCGAUGUGAACAGUUCGGUGAUACUGAAGCCGCUGGAGGGCGAGUCGUCGAUGAUCAACCUGCCGCUGGACAAUAAGCCCGACCUGCCGCCCGACUUGCCGCUGCGCAACGAGAGCGCCUCGAAGGCGCCGCCGCCGGAGCGCGACUACGAGUGCAUCGAGAACAUCACGGAGGCGUGGCGCACGAGGGGCGUCGGCGAUGUCAGACACUGCGAACGGAUGCCCAUUCUCUGCGACACCUCGGAGUUUGUGCGCCAGCGGUCCGUUGGCAAGACGUCGACUUGUGGCCAAAGCACACCCAAGAUCAUAGACAUCGACAUUGGGGAGGGGGGGACGGUGGCGUCCAUUGCCGAGUCCACCUACGAUCGUUUGGACUUCCUGUCGCCAAACAACAAGACGGCGAGCGGCUAUAAAACCAUCGUGAACGUAACCCUGCCCGGCAAUCGCCGUUGUAGUCCGCCGCCGCCCAACGAAUACGAACUGAUCGCUAGUCCCGACACGGAAAGCUUCCGCAAGGCCGACGACAGUCACCAGGGCUACGGGGUGCUGCGGAAAACCAGCGGCACAGCGAACAGCAUCAACAUCAACAACAACAAUAACAGUCUAGGAAUCUCCAACAGCAACAUCAGCGGUGGCAGCAGUAGUGCUUCUGCAAACAAAAGCAGCCUCGAGGCGGCCGCCAUCGAUCAUCGCAGCUACAAUGGCCUCAACUACACGAUCGUCAGCAAACCGAAGCGAGUGUGAAAGGAUGGAUGGAAGGAAGGAUCCGUGGGGGAGAGGAAAUCCGGGGUUACUGCGAUCGAACCGGGUGCACUGGGGUUGGGGGGUGGAUCAGGAGGAGAUGAGCAAGGCAUUGUUUGUCCCAAAAAACUCUACUGUUUCCAAUUUAAUGCAGCAUGCCACUUGUCGUUUUUAAGAUAUAUACUUUUUUUUUUUUGAAGAGAUCUACAAGAUAUAGUUUAGUAAACUGGUAACUCGGACAAUUAACGAGUUUAGAGAAUAGAAGUACGUGUACUUUAAGUUCAGUUUACACAGCCAGUUUUAAAAGUCUCAAAAGAAUAGUUUUCUUGUGAAAUUAUUUAAAUAGUGAAAACAGUAAGCCAGUACACUUCCAUUGAUUGCAUUUCGAGACUAAGUUAAAAAAAAAGAAGAGACUGCCAAGUGCCUUACAGUUCUACACAAAAAAGAAACAAACAAAAAUUUAGGUGGUGGCGGAGGAAAGAGAGUGCGCCGAAUCUCCAAAUCCCAGAAUCUUCUCUUCGCUUCGCCCCGCCAAGCACCAAAACCAUUCGAAUCGUAAUAUUUUGUACUUGUUUUUCGUUAAUUAUGUUAAAUUCGUAAUCUGUGAUUGUAUUGUUAAUUGUGAAACUGUUAAAUUUUAGCAAGCACUGCCCGCCACUUGAUCGCACUCGAAGAAUUCCCCCUGCCCUCAAUUAUCAAUCUGAAAAUGAUCUUAAUUCGAAUCCUGGACGCAACGAAAACUUACAAAAUGUGUAUGCGAUUUGUGCUAAAUAUAUGUGUUUUGUAUAUUUAAAAAAAAAAUAGAUUUUAGAUACACUGCAAUCGUAAUUGUUUCCGUUUAUCCGUCCGUCUCUCAAGGUUUUGCUGCCAUAAUCGGUUAUAGAAAUCGCUCGAAUUGUUAUUCCUAUACAUUUUUGUAUGAUAAAUCAUAUAGCUGCCAUAGGAACAAUCGGUGUAAUGCCAUAAUCUCCCAAAUUAGUUGCCUGCCUCCCGUUUUUGUUCAAUUUUAGACUGUAAAUAUAGGUCUCUUAAGUGUUGUUUUCUAUCGCACCUUCACUCCUCAUAGCCCUUCAAAACAAACCCCCACCAUCCCCCCAUGCACAUUCGAGUUCUCAAGCCAGGAUCGUUGUAAACGACACUUUUAAGUACUAUGCCAAGGUCACAAAAAAAGUAAAUAAUAAAAAAAAAAAAAAAAAAAAAAAAAAACGAAGCGAACACAAAAAAAAAUCAAGAGAAAAAUUGUGACAUUCAUUUUACUUGAAAUCAUUUUUUUUACUUCCCUUAUGUUUACGAUUACGACUUUUGUAAUUAUUAUUUUUUGUGUCUGCAAACUAUUAUUGUGUAAAUAAAGACCAACAAAAUCAACCAAUCGAA